AUGGCCUAUACUAACUUCAUCCAGGACCUUUCUACAUAUCUUGACUGGAUAUUACUUCUUGUGUGCUUUGGGUUUGUCCUGUGUUUUGGAUCCAUAACUUUUGUGAUUGUACAUUGCAUCGUGCAAAUCCUUCAAGCCGCUGCCGCUUUUUACCUAUUUGACAUUCUUUAUUACUUCAUCUACGAGGAGGAAAGCAUAGAGUACUUCGUCGACCUUAUCUCCAAUAUCCUUACCUCACGCCUCGAACUCAAGAGCUUCAUCCUGCUCCUGUGCAUACUCUUCGCCAUUCAUCAUUCUAUCCAGGAGAUUGUCUCUGUUCUCCGUGAAAAGUUUCUCGCACCAAACACAACCAUCAUUGUCGAUUGCCCCAAGCAGCCCAUGCAGAGCCCCCAGAUCGCCGAGCUCUCCGAGUUCUCCAAGAUUGCCGACGAGAUGGCCCGCAUUCAUCCCAAGAAAUGGGCAAAGCCUGUUAAGUCAACUACCCCCAACCCUCCUAAGGAUUCCCAACCUAAGAACAUCAAGCCCAAGGAUACUAAGCCCACGGUUCCUGAACCCACUAUUCCCGAGCCCUCAAAAUUCCAACCUACACCCUCUGGUGAGCCAUCUUUCGCGGCUCAUGGGAACCGCUACAUGCGCCAUCCUUGGGGCGUAAUCGACUACCACAUCUAUCUUACACACAUCGAAAGCCGCCGCGACAAGCUCCAUCGCGAGAAAGAGUGCUACCUCCCAGGGACCACCGGCUUCACACAAGUUAGCCUACACGAUGAGACAGUCCUCGAAGACGUCUUUACCCACUCACACCCCACAGUAGUCUUUGCCAGCCUCCCUGUCCCCGACGUGGAUGACGAAUCCAGCAUAGCCAGUAUGGUGCUCGGCUUUGACCUAGAGUCUCGCCGCUUACAGGGCUAUUACUUCCAGCCCGAGUCCCCGAUCAAGAACUAUGAGGACCUCUGGAAAGUCUGGUCCCAGGGUGAGGGCCAGCUCGUUAUUGAUAUUCCUGUCGACCGUUUCCUGGCAGUCAUUCGCCAUACUAUGCAGCAGCAUAUUGAGAUCCUGGAGAUUGGACUUUUACGCCACUAUGGUCUAACUAUGCGCGAGUUCCAAGCUGGCUUGGAUAUGGUUAUUACUGUACAGUUCUUGCAGUUUUUGGAUGAUUUCGCCGAGCUUGUAUCUGAGGAUCCAGAGGAGAUUCGAGAGAUUUAUACGCCUUUCCAGGAUGAGCUGCGGGAACUGCUUGCGACUGGCUCGCGGGACUCUUGGUUUGCUGUUCGUGAUGGACUCAGCAUUGAGCAGUAUCGCCAGAAGCAGUUGAAGAAGGUGGUUGCCUCGGGCUUGUUUCAUGGGCAGAAAAUGCUCGUGCUCCGAGACGAUACUGAGAGCACUGAAACGAAUAAGGUGUCUCGUCAGGUUAAGGUCAUCCCAAGCCACCCUAGUCUGUGGUCAUGGUCGAAGCUGCGAAUCCGCCUCUUGGUGAGUGCAAUGUUGAUUCUUUGCUUCUGUUCAGUCUUCGAUCGUGAGAAGGUUCUUUGUGUGGGGAUGUUUUAA